AUGGCGAGCGCGGCGGAGAUCAAGCAGCUGGAGGCCAAGAUCAAGGAGGAUGUCAAGCAGAUCAAUGAGCUGCCCAAGGUGGUGAAGGCGCUGCAGAGCGAGGACAAGGCCGUGGCCCAGGCGGCCAUGCAGAGCACGCGCCGCCUGCUGCUCUUCUUCCUGGACAAGGGCGACCUGCAGCUCAAGCCCACGACGCAGGAGGCAGCCAAGAAGGCCAAGGGCGGAGACUCGCAGGCAAUCGACAAGUUCCACCGCUGGCUCUGGGACGUCUACGUGGGCUUCAUCAAGGAGAUGCUGCAGUGGAUCGGGGACGCCGAGGCCGACGCCAACCUGCGCGUGGGCGCGCUGCGCACACUGAUGGAGUUUGUGUCGCGCGAGGGCGAAAUCCGUGGCGGAAACGGGCCUCUGUUCGGCAAUGAAACGUUCACGCGUGUGGUGCAGGAGCUGGCGACCACGGACAAGCUCAAGGGCGAGCUGGUCAGCGUCUUCAAGGGCGAGUACGUGGCCGCCUACAUGGACGUCCAGUACUACACGCUCAAGAACCUGGCGCAGAUUCUGGACAAGGCGCACGAGAAGGAGGAGACGACGGAGGAGGAGAACUUGAAGCUGGUGGGCAACGCCCUGAGGAUGCUGAACAUGGUGCAGAUGCCGUACGACGACAAGGAAAUCACGUCGUUCCUGGUGGAGCCGAAGGACGCCAGUCUGCCGGAGCAGGAAAUCGUGAGCAGUGAUGACGAGAGCGACGCGGAAGAGGAGGAGGAGAAGACUCGUGGGCUGCGCAACGUGAAGCAGCACCGUCACGCUUUCAGCUUGGCGUGGAUUGCUGUGCUGCGCCACAAGCUGCCGCAGACCUCGUACAAGAAGGUGCUGGUGCAGCUGCCGGACGAAAUCAUGCCGCACCUGACCAACCCGCUGCUGCUCGCCGACUUCCUCACGGACUCGUACAGCAUUGGUGGAGUCACGAGUCUGCUGGCGCUGAACAGUCUGUUCAUCCUGAUCAAGGACUACAACUUCGACUCGCCCGACUUCUACAACAAGCUGUAUGCGCUACUGGACGACCCGACGCUGUACUCUGCCAAGCAGCGCGACCGCUUCUUCGGCCUGUUGAACCUCUUCCUCUCGUCGACCCACUUGCCGGCGUACACGGUGGCUGCUUUCGCCAAGCGGCUGUCGCGCAGUGCCCUCACGGCGGAGCCGGGCGCUAUCCUGUUUAUUAUCCCGAUGGUGUACAACUUGAUUCUGCGUCACAAGGAGUGCUUGCAGCUUAUUCACCGUACCGGCGCAUUCACCGCAGCCGAGAAGGCCGCCAAGCGCCGGGAAGAGUUGGCGAGCGGCACGGCUGUUGACGCUGCGGCCAAGAAGCUUUCCAAGGAGAAGACGGAGCUGGUGCUGAAGGACGGCCAUGACCCGUUCGUGAACGACGAGCUUGACCCGAUCAAGUGCAAUGCCUGGCAGAGCUCGUUGUGGGAGCUGUACACGAUGAAGCACCACUACAACGCCGACGUUGCAGUGAAGGCGCGGAUGUUCGAGGAGAAGCUGCGUCACCAGUUCGUGGACGUGGACGAGAGCAUGGAGAUCACGUACAAGAGUCUUUUCGACAAGCAGCUCAAGCGUAAGGAGAAGGGUAAGGUGCCGCUCGCAUUCCAGCCCUGCAAGGCUCUCUUCUCGAACGGCGUUGACAACGCCGACGACAGCGAAGUCAAGGAAGAGGACAACGUCUUCGCCAAGGUUUUCGAGCUUUAG